UACCUACCUACCUACCUAGACACCUAUUGACUUCAAUUUUGCUGCUCUAGCCGCUUCGAACCUGCUGGCAACCCCUAUGUACCUCGCUGGGCUUUUUUUUACUUGAGAUAAGUCUCUAACGUGCCGCUUUUCCUCGUUCCUACCCUUCCAGAGAUGGCCAUUCAUCUUUGGUUCCUUGAUCGCGAAUAUUCAACAACGUUCAACAUUGUCGUUUAUGUCCACUCUGUCGUUGAUAGCAUUACGACUACGACAGGCAACAGCUCUUUUUAUCUUCUUGCUUCUUGAUGAUAGUCGAGUUCACAACUGCCUAACUUGACCCGCGCCCACAGCUUCACCACAUUCGUACGCCGCCUUCGACGUUGGCGCAUUCAUUAUAUACGGGAUACUCGACAGUCAAUAGUGGUUAUAUACUUCCCUACCUACCUACUUAUUAACUAUGUUAGUUAUCUGACCUUGACUCCUGGCGGCCGAUUGACGAGCGGUCGCAAAUAGCCACACGAGUCUGAUACUGGCUCUACACCUAAUCGAGGUGCGAGUGGGCCACUCCGGUUGGCUCAGCGCCAGAUGACGGCCUCCCCUGUCCCGCCCUGAGCCCCGCGCUACCACUUUUCGUACCGGCGCUAUUCUUGUUGGCUGCAGCAGCUCGCUGUCACGGUGUCACAGUGUCGCCUGUCGUUGUGCGCCCCCCCCAGUGUGCGUUCGUUCGUUCGUCGCUCCAGUCCGUCUUUAAAGAUCCCGACAGCUCCAGUUACUGGUCCCAGCCGAAACUGUAAUCGUUCCUCGUAUCUUGACCAUCGCUGCCCUUCAGACCUACUUGACGAUGGGCAUCGUCAGCAGCAAGCCCGAGGAGGGGCCUGCUCUCUACUUGAGAGACCAGAAUAGAUUGAGCAUAUCCUCUUUAGUCGUCACAAACCCACGGAAGCGCACUUCUGUAAACAUCGUUCCCAAUGCCUUUCCUGCUACUAGAGUUUCUGCCCAGAGACCUCUCGGCGACACAUCUCCUGUAGAGUUCGUCCAGGAUCCUGAUAUUUCAAAUCCAACAGCACCACCGAACUUCUUAGUCAAGCUCAGCAACGAUGACGAGCUCAUAUUUUCCUUCACAUUCGUUAUGCGCCAGGCGCAGCUUGCGCAACCAGCCACUUCCUCUGAACCAGCAUCCGCUCCAAUUGAUACCAGUAUAUCGGGCCUUACCUACGUCUACGCCUCGAAUCUGAAAGAAGUCGAGAACUUGGUGACCCGAGAGUUUCAUGCCGACCCAAAUCUACAUAGAAAUGCCAACGUAGCAUUGGUCGGCGAUUAUACUACAGGAGGAAGCCCGUCGGUAUCGUUCGAAUGGACAUGGAAAUGGAAGCCCCCGAAGCCUACUGAGGAUAAGGGUGGCGGCUGGAGGAACUCGUGCAGCGUACUGUGCCACUCCUUUCCCGUUAUGCAAGCGUGCUAACCACCACCAGUUUGUCGAGUAUGACCCUCGAGCUCACCGACUGCACACGCUAGCUAGUUUCUCCUACUUCGUUGCAGGUACUAACCCUCGAGAUGCUCUUUAUCCCUCAUCUGCUCAUGCUUUUUCAGGCACACCCGCGUCUUUGAGCCAUCCAAAUUCACCAUCGCCCCCUUUCCUCCUGGCAUCUCCGCCUAAGAUUCGCGUUGCCUCGUCCCAAUCAGUCGACUCUCGUAUCACCGCUCCUGAUAUCAUAGAUGAGCCUGUUUCGCCUCUUAUUCCUACGGCUGAAAUGCCCCUUACACCAGGCUUCCCACAGGCCAAAGAGACUGUCAAAGUUGACGUAGCUUGUCCCAAGCCGAACGAGGAAUCCAUGGUCAGCGAUGACGGUCCCGUCUUUCGGGCUACCCUCAAAGCCCUUGAGCAAAAGACAGGCAACAUGAGGACACAGAUGAAGAAGGUUCUGAAGAAAGCAGAACAUGCGCAUUCUUGCCAGAUUGAAGCCAACGAUGCUUUCACCGCGUUCGUGGAUGCUUUGCGAGAAGCUGCAGCAACCAAUGCCAACGCCGUUCAACCUGCUUUGACACAUUACUUUGAUAAAAUUGCCAGGGAAAUCUUAUCGUAUGAGCGACAAAACACUUAUAACCUACAGAAGAUCAUUAUUGAACCCGUAACCAAAUUAUACCAAGUGGACAUCAAACAAGCCGAGUCGAAGAAGCGAGACUUCGAGGAGGAAAGCAAGGAUUAUUAUGCAUACGUAUCACGUUAUUUGGGACAGCGUCAGGAUUCGGUCAAGGCGAAGAAGCUUGCGGAAGCCGAUUCCAAAUACCAAAACAAGCGACGAAACUUUGAGCUUAAACGAUUUGACUACUCUAGUUUCAUGCAGGACCUCCACGGCGGCCGCAAGGAACAGGAGGUUCUGUCUCACCUGACAAGGUUCGCUGAUGCUCAGACACGAGGUUUUAUGGCUACUGCGAAGAAGAUUGAGGUUCUUCUACCCCAAUUGGAAGCUUUGUCCAACGAAGUUCAAGAGGCCGACAAGGAAUAUCAGUAUCAGCGAAGAGAGCGUGAGGAAAAGAGACGCCUUCUUGAAAAGAGCAACACACCGUACAAGGAACCCGAACAAAAUAGCACUGCAAGCAAUACGCCCAUCGGCUCCGCCACCAACGGCAAUACAGGCAAUACCUCGGAUUCAGAUUUGGGCCGUGCUGACAGCACCGGGUCUCAGCUCAAUGCCGGAUCAGUGAAUGUUCCAUCAGGUGUGGAGUUAUCCAGAUCUCCAGGUAGUCUUGGUCAGACAGGUGUUGGAAGUCCUGCAGCUGCUUCCAAGUUCAAGGGUAUUCGGGAUCUUGAGGAGCGAGAUAACAUGCCAUCCGCCGUCACUCACCGGAAGGAAGGCCUUCUGUGGGCUCUCAAUAGACCGGGAGGACAUGUUGACCCUCGUAAUUUGAACAAACAGGGCUGGCACAAAUUCUGGAUCGUUCUGGACCAGGGAAAGCUGUCAGAGUACAGUAACUGGAAGCAGAAACUUGAUCUCCACAUUGACCCUAUCGAUCUUCGUAUGGCAUCUGUUCGAGAAGCCCGUAAUGCGGAGCGGCGAUUCUGCUUCGAAGUCAUUACCCCUAGUUUCAAACGAGUGUACCAGGCGACCUCUGAAGAGGACAUGAAUAGUUGGAUCACAGCUAUAAACAAUGCUUUACAGAGCGCCAUGGAAGGACGCAGCUAUCAAGGGAAGCCAACUUCAUCAAAUGGCGAUUCUUCCCUAAGAAGAGAUAUUGGCUCUGUGCUCACAGGAAAGACACAAUCGCUGAGCCACGGAAAUUAUCAUAGCACCGCCAAUACUGGAAUACCGAGCCGAAGGAUAACCGUUGGUGCGCGACCAAGCGCAGUCAGAACCUCCAGCUCUGGGUAUGACGAGAACCCUGACAGGGUGCUCCAGAUGGUCCGAGACAACGAUCAAGGCAACUUGUGGUGCGCCGAUUGCGGUUCAGGAUCCAAGGUUGAGUGGGUAUCGAUCAAUCUGGGCAUUAUUCUUUGCAUCGAGUGUAGUGGCAUUCACCGAUCACUCGGAACCCAUAUUAGCAAGGUGCGGUCUUUGACGCUGGACAUCAAGUCCUUCACCAUUGAUAUUGUCGAGCUUCUACUGCUAAUCGGGAAUCGGGUAUCGAACAUGAUUUGGGAGGCGAAGCUUGACCAGUCGCUGAAGCCAACGGCACAGGCAAGCCGAGAACAGCGACUCCGGUUCAUCACAUCAAAGUAUGUAGAUCGUUUGUUCGUCGAACCCAUUUCGCCCACGCUGUCACGAUACGGGACAGCAGACGAGACACUCUUGGCAGCCAUUAAGAAGAAUGAGAUACAGCAAGUACUCUAUGCGUUGGCGCUAAAGGCAAAUCCCAACACAGUUGACAAAAUGAGGGGCACACAUGCUGUAUGGCUCGCCCUGGCCGCUGCAGAUCCAGCAGCUCCCUCACCGGGAACUCCACACACGGUAACCGAUGCGGAAGCAAAAGCUGUGCCGUUCCCUGUGGCCGAGCUAUUGGUUCAGAAUGGAGCCGAGAUUCCUGCAACUAUGCCAGCGUUUCCCCUGGGCCGCUUCGCCCAAAUCUACGUUGAGCAGAAGCGUGGCCGUACGGUCAUCGAAGGGUCGAUGGAUGCAGUGCCCUCAUUACCUAGUAACAUGAGCCCAGCCGAGAGGCUUCAGCGAGAGAAAGAAGCCAGGCUACAGAAGCGAGUCAGCACAGGGGGCAGGUUGGCCAGAUCUCCCAUCCCUGAGAGAUAGGAACCGGGACAGUAGGAACCACUGGCAGGCUUAAGUUCCUGUUGCUACUUGAACAAUCUCCCUCGGACACACAAACUGAUCGGGAAACGAUUUCGCCCCUGCAAUGGGCUAAUUUAACGGACGACAAACUGUAUUUGGUAAUGAAGGAUGGUGGGUAUUUUGACAGAAGACAAGGGCAGCACAAAGGAGUUUACUGGCGUUUACGUUUGCUAAUGGCUUUGUCCAUGCCAUACGAAUGGGAAAGCCAUUCUGGAGACUGGGGCACUUAGGAAAGAAUACGAGAGAGGAGAAAGACAAGUAUAUACUAUUUUGGACUGACGGUAGAAAGGAGAGAGUGGCACAUUGAACGUGUAGAGCACCACUGCGGGCAUGCUAGGGCAUUGGGUAUUGACAGGUUGUCGUUGUUGUUGCUGUUGCUUACCUUAGCUUUGCUUACUUUGUGGAAAGAGAUAGGCUUGAUGAUAUUGAAUAAUGGUAAUGUCGAGUUGAAGCCAAGAUUUGCUGCUGAAAAUGCCCGUGGCUUGUACAUGCAAGUCUGCAGUAGAGACCCGACUGGACGGCCCCUAAGCCCCCUCUGUUGCUACGUCUAUUAUCUUAACUUGCAGAAUUAUCUAUCGAGAGCAGUACUAUUUAAAAGCCAUUGUCGAGCAGGCUAGAACAUGGUGGCUCCUUAUGACGCUCGUGACGGACGAGGCUAGGAACAGGCGUCGUGUGGGCAGGCAAAUGUCUCAUCCUGACAGACAACGUGACUUGAAACCGGCGGAUGACGAUGUGAAGUAAUAAGACUGGACCAUGGGGUUAAUGGUGGGUGGAUGGGCGUAAAUGUGCGUGCAUAGUUUAUUGACUUGAGGAAGAUACAGUAUU